CUUGGCUCGUAGGAAGCGGAAACCUUGUUGUGCCUAAAAGACAAAUUCCAAGCCUGUCCGUUUUGUUUUGGGAUCACUCGGUCAUUAAAGUUACGCUAAAAUGGGAACAGAAGGUCUGAGAUGGGAAACACUGGAGGCUCUGAAAAACUCGCCAAAGGGAAAACUCAAAUACAGCCCAGACUGGAUCGAAAAGGGGGAGGAUAUUCUUGCUGGCUGUAAAGAAGUUACCAGCCUGUCACCUAUCUCUGGGGCUAUUCUGAAGAGACUGAGUCCUCGACAUCUGCUCAAAAACUGCUCUUUGGGUUCUCCUAUCCGUGAUACAAGCCUUGCCACAUCUGAAGAUGUUCCUGUCUCUAGCUCAGUUCCCAUCAGUCCCCACCAUAUACUCACCAGUCCGAUCUCACAGUCCACCUCUCUUCCUCCUGCCACUACUGACAAUGAUGACAUGGUAAAUGAAGACAAGCUGGAGAAUUUACACUCCAUGGUGGAUCUCAGCCCUGUUCCCAGCAGCACUCCGCCACCAACCAUCUCCCUCCAUUCACCCAGGGCCACUCGGAUGGCGGGCUGCAUCUGCAUUUGUGAAGAAACACAUCGGGCUAAAGCCAAGGCAGAACUGAGCCUGAGGCAAGAGUUGCAGGACCGACUCGUGGCUACCGUAGCCAGCCGAGAGUUGGAGCAGCUUAAACGCUUUGAAGAGUUCAUGGAGCUGAAGCAGAGGCAAGAGUAUCAAACCAUGAGGGACAUGAUGGAAAAGGAGACGCAGGAAAGCCUUGGGCGGCAGGAGAAGCUGAAGGAAGAGCACAGACACAGAAUGAAAAUCCUGAACCUGCGUCUGCGGGAAGCGGAGCAGCAGCGUCUGCGGGAAGCAGAGCUUGAGAAGCAGAGACUGGUGGAGGGCAGAGAGAGGCUGAGGGCACUCAAUGCCAUCCAAGAGGAAGUGCUUCAACUGAAUCAGCUCCUGGAACCUUCAUCAGCCACACAAACGGGCCUUACCCUCGAUCACACGUCCUAUAUCACCCGUGGCAACCAGCUGUGUUCACAAGUCUCAGAGGUGGUGCGCACCACAGCAGAAGGUCAGUUUCCAAGUGUGGAGGACAUGACUGUGGCAGAGCGGGCACUACAGGAAAUGAGAUCACUGCUCAGAGCCAUGCAGGAGGAGAUGGCUCAAGCUCAAGAGAGGAAGAAGAAGGAGCAGGAGGAAGAGGAGGAGAGAAAGAAGCAGGCAGACUUAAAAGCUCUACAAGAGGAGCAGAAGAAGAAUGCAGCAUUGUCUGCUAAGGAGAAAGCCAGAAAGCAAGGUCUGCAGACUAGAGCUGAAGACAGCACCUUGAAAUGGUACAAAGAGCUACAGGACGUGGCCAGUCAGUGCGCUCAGGCAUUUGAAGAUCUGAAUAACCCAAAAGAUAUGCAGACAAAGAAAUUGAAGAUGGAACUCCAGAAGGCAGCAACAAUUCCUGUGAGCCAGAUCUCCAGCAUUUCGGGUUCUCAAUUGAAGGAAAUCUUUGACAAGAUUGACAAGUUGUUAUCAGGGCGGCAAAUUGUGUCUGGUGGGAAGUCGGUGUCUACGUCCCAGCAUCCCCAUGGGCUAGAAUUUGUGAGCUAUAAAUUAGCAGAAAAGUUUGUGAAACAAGGAGAGGAAGAGGUGGCAUCUCAUCAUGAGGCAGCAUUCCCAAUAGCGGUGGUGGCCUCAGGAGUUUGGGAGCUGCAUCCUAAAGUUGGAGACCUCAUCUUGGCCCACCUUCACAAGAAGUGUCCUUAUGCUGUUCCCCACUACCCGCCUAUGAAGGAUGGCACCACUAUGGAGGAGUAUCAGAAGAUUCUAGGGUAUCGUGUGGAUGACUCGGGUGUGGAGGGACAGGACAGCUUUUUGAAGAGAAUGUCUGGGAUGAUCCGAUUGUAUGCUGCUAUAAUACAACUAAGAUGGCCUCAUAGCAACAAACAAGUGCCUGAUCCACAUGGGCUCAAUCAUGGCUGGCGCUGGUUGGCACAGAUGCUGAACAUGGAGCCUCUUGCUGAUGUCACCGCAACUCUUCUGUUUGACUUUCUGGAGGUUUGUGGAAAUGCUCUUUUGAAACAAUAUCAAGCGCAAUUCUGGAAACUCAUGCUGCUCAUCAGAGACGAAUACUUUCCCAGGAUUGAAGCGGUCACCAGCACUGGUCAAAUGGGCUCAGUAACUAGACUUAAGCAGUUUCUGGAGAACGCUUUACGAAACAAGCAGAUUGAUCCACCCAAAGGACAACUGAUGUCAGCUUUCUGGAGAUCCUGAUGGUUGGACUUGACCAUAUUUAGUCCCAACGCUAUACUUCAUGGAACAUCAUUGUACAUGCUGUUCACAUUCAGCCUUCAGUCUAUGUAUGAUUACAUAAAAUAAGGCAUGGCUUGAAAAAUAAAGCUCUGUUUAGGUAUAUAUAUUAGCAGGAUCAAAUGAUGGAUCUUGUUCCUUGAUAGGCAUAUUCUAGGUUUUGUUUUGUAUAUGAAAGCUUUUUUUUUUGUUUGUUUUAAGUAUUUCUGUCUCAGUUUGCUUUUAUUUAUAUAUUUUUUUUUUCAGAGUCAGGGCCCUGUAAUUGCUGUUAUGUUUGGAGAAAGCCAGCAGUUUUUAAACGAAUCUGAUCUGACAGAGUUUUUAGUUUGCGGACACCGAAUGUGCUCAUGUGUUUAUGAAUCAUGGCAUGAGCCUCACUGUAGGUUGUUGUUGCUGAUGGAAUGUGGAUCUUUUAUACGUGCUUGGAGGAAUUAAUUGUACAUCCAUGUGUAUAUCUAUAGUGAUUAAAUGUGUACACAGAGGACAAAUUUAA